GGAGGAGGAGGAGGAAGAGGAAGAAGGGGACGCGGCCGCUCCGGCUCGGUGUACCUUGCUCCCUCCAGCCGGGCAUGCGCCCCCCGAGCCCUUGGCCCCCCAAAGCCCGAGCCUCCCCCCGGAUCCUCCCCGGAUUCUGCAGCGCGCAGCAUGGGAGCCUUCGGGCGCACGCCGUGGCAACUGCUGCUGCCGCUAAUGCUGGGUGUGUGCAGUGCCCGGGAGGUGGUGAUGCCUAAGGGACCCCUGUACCGCGUGGCUGGCACUGCCAUCUCCAUCUCCUGCAACGUCAGCAACUACGAGGGUCCCUCGCAGCAGGACUUUGAGUGGUUUCUCUACCGACCGGAGGCCCCCGAGUCGGCCCUGGGCAUCAUCAGCACGCGGGACAGCCGCUUCCCCUACGCCGUCUUUGGGCCCCGCGUGGCAUCCGGAGACAUUCAGGUGCAGCGGCUCCAAGGCGAUGCUGUGGUGCUUCGCAUCUCCCGCCUGCAGACCCAGGACGCCGGGGUCUACGAGUGCUACACCCCCUCCACCGAUGCCCGAUACCUGGGCAGCUACAGUGGCAAGGUGGAACUGAGAGUCCUUCCAGAUGUACUGCAGGUGUCCGCUGCUCCUCCAGGGCCCCGAGGCCGCCAGGGCUCAGCUUCCCCUCCACGCCUGGUCGUGCCCGAGGGGCAAGAACUAGCCCUUGGCUGCGUGGCGCGGACGAGCACACAGGAACACACACACCUAGCAGUGUCCUUCGGGCGGGCAGUGCCCGAGGCCCCUGUGGGGAGGGCAACGCUACAAGAGGUGGCCGGGCUGCGGCCUGACCUGGCCGUGGAGGCUGGGGCACCCUACGCGGAGCGGCUCACUGCCGGUGAGCUGCGGCUGAGCAAAGAGGGGUCUGAGCGGUACCGGCUAGUGCUGGGGGGUGCCCAGCCGGAGGAUGCUGGCACCUAUCACUGUACUGCUGCUGAAUGGAUCCAAGACCCCGAUGGCAGCUGGGCCCAGAUUGGGGAGAAGCGGGCAGUGCUAGCCCAUGUGGAUGUACAGACCCUGGCCAGCCAGUUGGCCGUAGUUGUGGGCCCUGGGGAGCGGCGGGUAGGCCCGGGAGAGCCCCUAGAGCUGCUGUGUAAUGUAUCGGGGGCACUGCCCCCACCAGGACCCCAUGCCGCCUACUCUGUGGGCUGGGAGAUGGCACCUGCAGGGGCCCCUGGGCCUGAGCACCUGGUAGCCCAGCUGGACACAGAGGGCAUAGGCAGCCUGGGCCCAGGCUAUGAGGACCGACACAUCUCCAUGGAAAAAGUAGCCCCUAUUACCUACCGUCUGCGGCUGGAGGCAGCAAGGCCUGGAGAUGCGGGCACAUACCGUUGCCUGGCACGAGCCUACGUUCGGGGACCUGGGGCCCGUCUUCGGGAGGCUGCCCGUGUUCGUUCUCGGCCCCUCCCUGUGCAUGUGAGGGAAGAAGGUGUGAUGCUGGAAGCUGUGGCGUGGCUGGCAGGGGGCACAGUGUACCGGGGAGAGACGGCGUCCCUGUUUUGCAACAUCUCUGUGACAGGGGGCCCUCCCGGACUACGGCUGGCCAACAGCUGGUGGGUGGAGCGGCUAGGGGAACCAGGCCUGGUUGCACCCCCUCCCCAGCUGGUCGGCGGCAUGGGCCGGGAUGGCGUGGCAGAGCUAGGGAUCCGACCGGGUGGAGGUGCUGUCAGCGUGGAGCAGGUGGGACCCCGAAGCCACCGACUGAGGCUCCAUGAGCUGGGGCCGCAGGAUGAGGGGAUAUACCACUGUGCUCCCAGUGCCUGGAUACAGCACGCCGACUACAGUUGGUACCAAGCAGGCAGCGCUCGCUCCGAGCCCAUCACCGUCUACCCUUACACCCUUCCCCUGGACACCCUGUUUGUGCCCCUGUUGGUGGGUGCAGGGGCUGCCCUGGUCACAGGUAUCACCAUCCUUAGCACGGUCACUUGUUGCUUCAUGAAAAGACUGAGAAAGCGGUGAACCCUUAGCCCUAUGGUACAAGCUGUCUUCCAGUCCAACUCCCAGCCCGACAUCAUUGUUGCCUAAACUUCCUCUUCCUUUUAUCCCCAAUCUGGUCCUUCUGUCUCUUACUCUUUUUAUUUAUUUUAUUUGGGGGGGACCAGGAUAUCCUCCUCAGCUCUGCCAGGCUGGGAGGUUUUCCGAAGCCGCAGGCUCGGCCCCAAUCCUUCUACUUACCUCAAGUAGAUAUCAGUGCCCUUUUCCUCAGUGCCCCCAAAUCCUGGCUCUCUUUUCUGACCUUUUCCCUUUUCCAUAGGCAUGUCCUUGCCCCUUACUCCAAAACUGUUUUUUUUUCUAAAAUGUGAAUAAAGUUUUUUUUAAUAAAAUCUAAAA